GGCCAAAAUCUUUCGUCGAGGGUCAAACUGUCACCAGGAAGCAGUACAGGAGGGAGUUAAGUCGACAUUUGUUGUUGUUGUCUCCUGUGUUGUAUCCACCCCGUUGCUGACUGGUAGACCGAUCAGCGGGCCAGCCGACAGAUUUCUCGGCGUAGGUUCAGGUGUCUGCACCGGCGGAUGAAUGGCGGCGACGGCUGUGAGAGCCAUGGCAGCGGGGGGACCGGCGUCUUUGUCCCGGUUCAGAGGAGCGCUGGUCGCGGCUGUGGUGGGGGACUGUGUCGGCGGAGAGUUUGAAGGAGCGGAGGAGGUGCCUAUGGAGAGUGUGCUGCAGCACCUCAACAGCCUGGAGGACGAAACUAAAGGAAGCGGUAUCCUUGACUACAGUGACGAUACAGCUAUGGCUCGUUGUGUGGUUAAGUCUCUCCUCACCCGUACCGGCUUUGAUGAACAGGACAUGGCUCGCAGGUUUGCUAAGGAGUACAGUGCGUCCCCAGGCCGUGGUUAUGGUUCAGGUGUGAUCCAGGUGUUGAAGAAGCUCUCCUCUCCCCAGCUAAGCGACGUGUAUCAGCCGGCCAGGGAUCAGUUCAAUGGCCGGGGCUCCUUCGGCAACGGAGGGGCCAUGAGAGCGGCCCCCUUCGCGUUGGCUUUUCCUGACAUCGCUGAUGUUACAAGGUUUGCACGCCUGGGCGCCAUGCUGACGCACUCCUGCUCUCUGGGUUACAAUGGGGCAGUGCUACAGGCAUUAGCUGUGCACCUCUCCCUGCAAGGGGCGCUGGAUUUGCCUCAGCAGUUCAUCGGCAGGCUAAUUACAGAAAUGGAGGAAGUGGAGGGCAACGAGGCAGCACGCAAUGAUGCCAGAAUCCUUAAAGAAGCAGACAAGCCGUUCUGUGAGCGUCUUCACAGAGUUAGAGAUCUGAUGGACAGAAGCAAGGUCAGCAUAGAGGAGGUCAUCUCUGAACUGGGUAACGGCAUCGCAGCGCUCCAUUCAGUCCCCACUGCCAUCUUCUGCGUCCUGCACUGCCUGCAACCCCGGGAAUGUCUUCCAGAGAAUUACGGUGGCCUGGAGAGGACAAUAGCGUACAGCCUGGCCCUGGGAGGGGACACAGACACCAUAGCCUGCAUGGCUGGGGCAAUCGCAGGAGCCCAUUAUGGUAUAGAGGGUGUUCCCCAGUCAUGGAUAAGGUGCUGCGAGGGGACGGAGGAUGCACAUGUGGAUGCAGAGCGGCUUCACAUGCUGUACCACCAGUCAUCACAGGGGGGCAGGGCUGAGACGGGAGAGCAGAGCUGUCCAGACAGACCUGAAAGCAAAUCAAACUCCUCUAAUGGUACAGAAAAGAAAACUGGAGCAGAGUGAUGCCUCACCUGGGUUUUGGCAGAAGGACUUUCUCUCUCACACACACAUGCAUUGAGGAUGCAGAAGAGACGGUUUGUCAUUUUCAGUUUCAGACAUCUUUUGUUGGGAAAAAUCUUUUCUUAAGCCAUCUAGUAUUAAGAUUUUUUAAGCCGAAAAUUGCUGUCCACAUGCCAUCUGUCAGCUAACAACACUGUAGCCGAGACGAACAGAAAAACAACAUCCUUAUUUUGAGAAUGUGACACUUCCACAUCACCUAAUCUCCUUCAACUCCUGGUUUAAAUAUGCAUAAACAUACUCUAAGUCUGGUUUUAUGUUGAACAAUCUUUUGUCUUGUGAAAGUUGCACUAUAAAUUGGCCUUUUUGGUGGAUAACUAUUUAAUAAACUUGUGUUUUGUUUUUGUUUUUUAAAUUCA